CAACCUCCCCUCUCCCUCGCUCUUUCCACCGGGCGGCGGCCGCACCACCCCACCUCGCGCGCAGAGCUCCGGACGGCCGCCGGUUCCGAGCGUCUCCCUCUGCCUCAAGCUCCGGAACCCUAGGGUCUCUCCCCCACUCGGCCCGCCUCUCCGGUGAGAUGCCGCUAACCCACAUCGCCUUCCCCGACGCAGCUAAUGGAAAGGAGGGACAACUUCCUCCGCCCCCGGCCCCCGACGACGCCGCGACCGCCGGCAGGAGCACCAGGUUCCCCGCCGUCGGGGACACGGGCCACCUCACCUCCUCUUCCAUCGCGGGCGACCUUCUCGGCUUCCUGGGCCAGAUCCAUGCGGCCUGCAAGCCCCACGAGCCUCUCGGUGAGCUCAGCCACACCCUAAGCAUUGUUGCUUCCAUCUAG